ACUCGGGUUCAGUAUCAAUUAUCAUCAAAUGCCAAGCCACGAAACCGAGCUGCUCAGCUGACAACAAUCUUCAGAGAUUUUGUUGAUUUUGAUGAAACCCUAGAACCGUGGCUGCAAACUCACCUCUCCUAUCAUAUCUGCUCACAUAGUCGCAUCAAAUCCUAAAAAUUUCGACGGUUUGAGCGCCGGCUGUGCUUCGUCUCUCUCACCUUCUCCAGAAAUCUCCGUCAUGGAUGCUCAGCGAGCAUUGCUCGAUGAACUCAUGGGCGCAUCUCGUAAUUUAACUGAAGAAGAGAGGAAGGGAUACAAGGAACUCACAUGGGAUGACAAGGAAGUUUGUCGAUUCUAUAUGGUUCGGUUUUGCCCCCAUGAUUUGUUUGUCAAUACUCGGAGUGAUUUGGGGCCAUGUCCAAAAGUUCAUGAUCCAAAGUUGAAGGAAAGUUUUGAGAAGUCCCCAAGACAUGAUUCAUAUGUUCCCAAGUUUGAAGGAGAGCUAGCUCAUUUUUGUGAGAAGUUGGUUAUGGACCUAGAUAGAAGAGUUAGGCGUGGUCGAGAACGCCUUGAUCAAGAGGAUGUGCCUCCCCCACCUCCCCCAAUUUCAGCAGAAAAAUCUGAGCAGUUAUCUGUUCUGGAAGAAAAGAUUAAGAACUUACUGGAACAAGUGGAGUCUCUUGGUGAAGCUGGACAGGUGGAUGAAGCUGAAGCACUAAUGAGAAAGGUGGAAUUGCUUAAUGUUGAAAAGACAGCCUUGACUCAGCAAUCACAGCAAAGCAAUGUGUUAAUGAUGGCACAAGAGAAAAAGAUGGCAUUGUGUGAAACAUGUGGCUCCUUUUUAAUUGCAAAUGAUGCUGCUGAGAGGACUCAGUCUCAUGUCACAGGCAAGCAGCAUGUUGGUUAUGGCAUGGUUCGAGAUUUCCUGUCUGAAUUCAAGGCUGCAAGAGAGAAGGCAAAGGAAGAUGAAAGAUUGGCAAGGGAGAAGGAAGUGGAAGAAAGAAAGAAGCAGAAGGAGAAAGAAUAUGAAAGCAGGCAUAGAAGUGGUUCAUCUGAUAGGGACAGGUACCGUGAUAGGGAUUAUGGAAGGGAGCGUGAUCGCUACCGGGAAAGAGAUCGUGAACAUGAAAGGUCCUAUGACAGGAAUGGCAGAGGGGCUCGUGACAGAGACAGGGGUUCAGAUUGGAAGUACAGUAAUUCCAGAAAUGGAAGGGAUAGGAACCGAGAACGUGACAGAAGCAGGUCACGAUCUCCUGUUAGACCCAGUCACAGGAGCUCAACAAAGAGUCCAGUUCACCAAUGUUAGAGGAUUAUAAAGAUAAACUUCUGAACUUUGCAAAGUGGAGGUAGACAUUUUUAUAACUCAAAAAAUUAUGAUGAAUGUAUGUUUUAGACUCUGAAGUUCUAUCUCUUCUUCAUGUGUGAAACUGUUUUUUGUUCUCACAGCUUUAUUGAGACUAUAUGAUCUCUCUAGCAUCAAUGUAGAGGAGAAAGGGUUGAGGUAGGUAUUGCUUCGUUGUUGUAACUCCUUACUCGUCUAUUCUGUGCUUUGUUUGGAUUACUUGGCAUGAGUGUUAUCUUCGCUUACUGCUUCUGGUGGUUUUUGAUCCCUUCUCCUUUGGGGUCACAUAUUAUUCUUAUUAGUUAAAGGAACAGAUUUGUAAGUUAGCAUAGGUACUAAAGCUGCUUAAGGAGAUCAUUCUUGCUCAUUCCAACAUUGAGGUAACAAUUACAACCCAUUUAUCAACUGCACAAUCACAUCUGACCAUCACCGGUAUGGUUGCUUUCUCUUUUGGUGAUUCAGAUGACUUGGAUCAAAUUUCGUUGUGCUGGCUUUGUUCAUUCAGAUGAACAAGAGCAAUUAAACAAUUACUGUUAUUUUGAGUAUUUGGCGUGUCAAUGGGCUCAUGAAUGCUUAAGCCUUCACCUAAUUUCUCUAUGAUCCAAUGGUGGGGUUCGAAUAUAGGUAAAUUGACAAACUCCCUAUACCUUCAUUUGAUGGAGAUAGAACUAUGCAGGGACUGUGCAGAUGUGGCAGCCACUGUUCCAAUUGCAAGAAUUAUAAUUGCACUAAAACUUCAAAAGUAGCUUUAGGAAGCAAAUAGUUGGAAGUUGAGACUCAGGAAACUAAUGCUAUUUGCCCUUGUGAAGUUUAGAUUUCUGUGUAUGUGGUAUAGGUUCUUCCUAUCUUGCCCUCUGCAUUGCAUGAAACGUAUUGUGUCAACGACAAGCAAGGUAAAUGAACUCCACCCUCAAUUUGCACGACUCGUUUUGUUGUUUAGGGUUCAGAUGGAUGUUGGAGGAUUUUGAUGAACCAUUCAGUUUGCAUCUGCAGAGGAUGGAAAAGACAUCCAUGAGUCAUGACGGGAAGGAAUUGUCUUGCAGAGUGUAAUACUCGCGCUUGAGUUCAUGUAACCAUUUUGAAUUGGAUAUUUGUUUGAAACCCAACUAUAACUCUUCAUUUUUUACCUCCCUUUUCUUUUUAA